AUGAAUGUCCGCAGGACUAUCAGACUGGCAGCAGGUGGCUUUGUUUCCGCCUUGGCCGCGUUUGAAGCCCAGGUGAAUUUAAGAAACUUCCAACAGACCGAUAAUGUAAAGGAUGACACAUCACGUUCAUUCCUGUUACGGGCCAAAUCUUUCUUACAGCCUUUCAAUGCCUUAUCCUCAGCUUGUGCACAGACGACUACCAUCCCUCCCAAAGUGACACCAUGGGACUGGAAUUGGGACGGGCGCCACCCACAGUCUUCUGUGGUACAAGCGACCGGUGACAAUUCCGACGGGCAGCUGAAGCGAAACACGUGUUCUCGUCAUCUGAUUUUCAUAAGGCACGGUCAGUAUCACUAUGCGGAGUCAGAUGAAGAAUGCCGCUUGACGCAGCUUGGUCGAGAGCAGCUCGAUUUAACUGGGUUACGGUUAAAACACCUGAAAUUUCCCUAUUCUAUCGUUCAUUACUCCACGAUGACUCGAGCUGUUGAAUCUACUGAAGAAGUGCUGAAACAUCUACCAGGGGUCAAGGCUAUCCCGUCGGAUUUGCUGCGUGAGGGUGCACCGUACCCUUUGGAGCCUCCUCUUCCCUACUAUCGUCCCACAGCAGAAGAGCUGAAAAGAGAUGGCGAUCGAAUAGAGACUGCUUUCAAGUCAUUUGUUCAUCGUCCAGAUUGUGGUCAGACUCGAGAUACAUAUGAAAUCUUCAUUUGCCAUGCUAACGUAAUUCGUUACUUUGUUUGUCGUGCUUUGCAGUUCCCUCCGGAAGCUUGGAUUCGAUUCUCCCUUGAUCACGGAAGCAUAACCUGGCUUGUUAUUCGUUCCGAUGGUCGUGUUGUCCUCCGUUGUUUAGGUAAUUCUGGAUAUAUGCCUCAAGAGAAAAUAUCGGUGCAG